CACGCCACGCGACAUGAUGAGCGCGGAAAUCGAUCUUUCGAUUUGUAAAAAGAUUCGAUCAGCUAUGAGUCGUCGAGGGCGCGUUUUAUCGAAUUACAAACGUGUUUACUAAUAUAACGGAUGACAUUUAAUCAAUAAAAUAGAAAAAGAAAAAAAUGGCUCUCUACGACAAUCAACACUGGCUCCUGUCGCACAUAAGGGACAGUUUUCUCGCGACAGACGACACAGGUAUGUGCGACAUGGUGAUAUUAGGGGAGGAUAUUCCUAAACAAUUGAAGAAAAAUGGAACACUGCAAUGUUACCCUGGUAUGGAAGAAAGUGAUGACGAGGACUUGGAUGUGAUGGGGGAAUCGUACGACAUACAAAUGGAUAUGGAAUACAGUCAUAGACAGAGAUCUAACACUGCACAAAGACUAGAAAAAAUGGACAUAGAAAGAAAAAAGGCUGCCAAAGUCAAGCAUGUCAAAUGGGAGCACAAUCCUAUUGCAGUAACGCCUACAGAUCAAUCGGAUCUAUUUCAGAGAAAAGAUUUUCGUAGAAAAACUCCAGUAAAAAAGGGACAGUCUCUUUUGUCGGAGCAACUUGAAAAGUGUCCGCAUUUACCACCAAAUCCAUUCAAGGACUACGUAAUAUUUGAUGGCAAUGCGCAAGUGAGCAAUGCCGUGAGAAAGUACAGGAUAUUCAUGUGUAUGUUACCGAAAGAGGAUAGGAUGUAUCCGCUUCAAGUGGUAGUGAUAUCAACGGCACGGGUGCUCGAUUUCAUUGGAUUGAUUUGCUACAAAUAUGCGAGUGAACAUCCCAAUCAUAAUUUGAAGUCUGUAACAAAUUACGCAUCGCCAGAACGUGUAUGCUUAGUCAUGAAAUUUCCGUCGAUCAUUAUUUCCAGGGAGGACAUUUCGCAUUAUGGACUAUACAUCACCGAGGACGACGGUGAAAUAGACUCGGCCUUUCCUUGUUUGGAUCCGCAAGAAACUAUUUCCAAAUUCGAAUUUACUACGCUCGGUCUGAUCGAGAUGAAGCCGAGCGAUAAAGCACGACAUAACGCAACCAGUUCUGUUAAGAAAAAAGUUGAAGAAGACCAAGAAGGUAAAGAUAAGGAGCAAGAGGAAGUUGCAAAGGACUUGGCAAAGAUGGAGGGUCAUACUACCGCAAUGGGGGCACCAUUGUAUCAAUCAUAUAGGGUAUAUAUAAUUAACAAAAUGCGAGCAAAGACUGAGAUUCAUCUUGGAAUAUCGGGUGAAAAGAUAGAGAUAGAUCCGGUGAUAACGGGCAAAGGUGCUGCCAGAUUUUGGAAUAGACAGCGGGCGGUCAGUUACCACAUAGACAACAUCGCUUGGUGUGAAGUGACGGAGACUAAGGGAUCGAAAAGUAUAUUUACGCUGGUUUAUACUCCGCAAUCCAGCGCUCCAGAUAAUAUUCUAAGCCAAAGUCAUUCGCUUCAUCAGUCAGCAUCCUUCAAGAAUCAUGAUUUUGAGGCGGAUUCGGCUACGGCCGAAGAGAUUGUACAGAAAAUCAAUAACAUCCUGGUGCUGCAUAGCAGCCAGUCGAGAAAGGAAUAUCUCGCGCAGAAGGAAAGAAAAGCAGCGAGGAGAAAAAGUUUCCAUCUGCACAGAUGACAGCUCUAUUGGUUAUUCCGUACAAUCUUAGAUUAUUUGAAACAUUGAAUAUUAAUAUGACACAGAACGUGAUCUCGUAAGGGAGUCGCUCUAAGAUCAGAAAUAUUCUUCGUACAAUCGAAUCAAUUCAUACAUCUCGAAUCUCGUUGACGUACCAGAAAUGGCGGAAGGUAGACGGUCUUCUCCAUAUUCCAUAGAUAAAGUUAAAUGUUCUAUAAUAUUAGUAAAUUAUUUCAUAUUUAUUGUAUUUAAUCUCUAUUCUUAUCGAUACGAGUGCGCAAUUGUCACACACGAAUAAGUAUAUUUAAGUAUAUUGUAUAAUCAAUCGUGCGUAAUGUUGUCAUAUUUAAUUAAAUGUUAUUUAUACUUUUAUGACGCUCCUAUGCCUGUAAAUUUAUAAAAAUCGAAAGAAUAAACGAUACCUCUAAAACUA